CUUUCAUUCUUCCCCUCCCACAACACACACACACACACACACCCGGACCCAGACAGCCCACUCCACUUUCCAGACGCCCACCUCCUACAUACUCCCCUCCCCUAAACAGACAUUCACCCACUCACCAUCUGUAGCCUCCUUCCGCCCCCCGCCCCGCUCCCCCUCCCCAAGAAGCAGACCUGCACAGUGGGACGCAGGGACCCCCGCCAGACGCUCGGGCAGUGCGCGCCGCACCGACCUCCGCCCGCCCCGCCGGGAAACUAACAAAGACUGCGGGCUCUAACCCCGAGCCCAGGAGCCGCGAGCGGCGGCCGCGGGGCCGGGGAGCCUGGGCUGGGCCAGGCGAGGACUACUCCGGAGUCAGGAGGCAGCAGCUGCGGAAGACGCGGAUCCCUGGCCCUCAGAGCCGCUCGGACGCCGCCUGCACCAUGGGCUGCUGCACCGGGCGCUGCUCGCUCAUCUGCCUCUGCGCGCUGCAGUUGCUCUCAGCAUUAGAGAGGCAGAUCUUUGAUUUCCUUGGUUUCCAGUGGGCGCCUAUUCUUGGAAAUUUUCUACACAUAAUAGUUGUCAUAUUGGGUUUGUUUGGAACCAUACAGUACAGACCUCGAUACAUCAUGGUGUAUACAGUGUGGACUGCCCUCUGGGUCACCUGGAAUGUGUUCAUUAUCUGCUUUUAUUUGGAAGUCGGUGGACUUUCUAAGGACACCGAUCUAAUGACAUUCAAUAUCUCUGUCCAUCGGUCAUGGUGGAGAGAACAUGGGCCUGGCUGUGUCAGAAGAGUGCUGCCUCCCUCAGCCCAUGGCAUGAUGGACGAUUACACGUACGUCUCUGUCACAGGCUGCAUCAUUGACUUCCAGUACCUGGAGGUCAUCCACAGUGCCGUCCAAAUACUACUCUCUUUGGUGGGUUUUGUGUAUGCCUGUUAUGUGAUCAGUAUUUCCAUGGAAGAAGAAGACACAUUUGAUUUCAUAGGUGGACUUGAUACCCACUCCUACUACCAGGAUCAUGUUGAGUUAAAGCCUGUUAAACCAGUCGAAAUAAGUAAUGACAUUGAACCAGAAAUGCGGCUGCUGAACUUGACUUAGGGAGCAAAGCACCACUGACUGACUGCGAGCCUCGGUGGAUCCAACCUGCCUCACGUUCCUUCCACAGGCUGAACUGUGCUUCCCAGCUUUCCCACGAAUCAUGGAGUUCUUCGGUCAUAGCCUUUGUAUUAUUAGCAUUGUUCUCUAGAUGAGUUUUAGGUACUUGGGUGGGUAUUUUUUUAGUCAUUUUCUUCUUAUAUGAACACUUGCAAAUUGCAAAAAAAAAAAAAAAAAAGAAAAGAAAAAGUAAAAACAAUUUGGUUUUAAAUUUUUAGCAAUAUUUAAUAUGAGGCAUGCAAAAUGAAAAAGCAAAUUUCUGAAAAUCUUCUUUCUACAGUCAAUUCUAAGAGAAAUCUCAGUGUGUGUCAUGGAGAUGUUAAAUCAGCACUGCUGGCUGUUGAAGUUAUUCUAGGCCUGAUGAAUUUGUUUUAGCAGACAUUACCUGUGGUUAUCAGCCACCAAGGUAGACCCUGUAACAACUGAUAAAUGGGUACAAGUAAUGGAUCUAGCUUUCAGAUUGAAUAUUGAUCAUUUUUUUAACACCACACACCAAAACAUGAAGUCCUCCUUUGCUCUUCACUUCUUAAAACCCAGAACAAUAUUACAGCAAUCUAAAUUUUCAAAUUCUUGCAUAUCUUGUUCUUCCUAUAUUCUGAAAAACAAUAUAUAUGUAUACACACAUACAUAUACAUGCAUAUUGUGGGCACAUGGAAAAGCAGGAUUAAUAGAACCCCUUUCUCCUUUGGAGGGAAUGUGGUUGUCUCUGAGGUUCAUAUUUUCUACUCAUUAUUCCACUCCUGACACUGGUGUCAGACCUAAACAUACAGCUCAUGGGCUUGUGGAACAGAAAUCACAACCAUAGACCUCCAGUCAAGAACUUUGCUCUUGGGAUAUUCAAAACAAGCAUUAAAAUGCUGCGGCAUGCUCUAUCAAUACUUCUAAAGGAGACAUUUAUGUUUGAGCAAACAUUAGCCUUUCUUUCUCCUACCCCAGCCCAAUAACCAAGAAAAUGAUAUAGGAAGGACUAUCUUGAAAAUGCAUCACAGUUGUGUUUUUUUAAUUGGCAUAAAAUUUAUAUACAUAUGGUAAAAUUCACAAAUAUUGAUGGUACAAUUUGAUUAGCUUUGAUUACACACUCAUGUAACCAAAGCCUCAAUCAAAAUGCAGAACAUUUCUGUCAGUUUAGAAAAUUCCCUUAUGCCCUCUUUCAGGCAAUGCCUACAUUCUUAUAGACAACCACUGUGCUAAUUUUCAUCAUCACUGAUAAUUUUGUCUGUUCUCAAUAUACAAUAUAUACUCUUUUCACAUCGCUUUUGCUCACACUUCUCAAUCACCACUUUUUAAAUGAAAAUAAGUUUUGCUCACUUUGUGUAACAACCACAGUGAAGCUCCCUAUGGGCCAGAAAGUUGUGUAUACGUGGUUAUUAACUCAGUCCGUGCAUCUAUAAGAAGUCAGUCUAUAAACCAUCUGAAACUGUUACAAAUGUUUGUAUGUGUGUAAAAGUCUUUUUUUUCUUGUUCUUCUUUUGGAGGCUAUAGGUUUCAUGAGACUCUUUUAAAAAUCAGAGCUUAAUGUGGCAAAGUUUGCCUUCAUUCCUCCAAGCUCAUGACAACCACAGUGAGCCAUUUGGAGGCCUAAUUUACUCCUUAGCCUCCAGAUUAUAUCCCUUUAAUCUGUUAGUACCCACAAACUCCUGUCACUCAUUCUACUUAAUAAAUCCAAAUUCAAAAUGAAGAAAAGCUGGCAGGGCCCUUGAAGAUGGUAGAAUCCAAGCCACCAUUCUGCAGAUGAGGGGGCUGAAGCCUAGGGGAUUUGGUGAACUUGUCCAGCGCCUAUAUCUGUACACAGGAGCAAAAGCCAUGGCCAAUGGACAGAGAACACGGGAGCCAAAGUUGGGGUUUCGGUGCCAUCCAUCACUGUGUUCUUGGACAGUGUUUGACAUCUCUGCACUGGAGUUUUCCUAAUCUAUGAAGUGGAACUAUGAUCCCUACCUCCCAAAGGUCAGGUGAGAAUUUAACAGAAAAUGUAAAUAAAAAUUUCAGCACAUAGUGAAGCACUCCACAAUCAAAGGAGGUGAUUAUUAUUAAUAAAGUCAAAUCACUCCUCUGUACCCUGUCUGCAGCUCCUGCUUUCCACUCAAGCACUGUGAAGAGCCCACGGAAACAACUAACUCUUCUGUUUCCUAAAAAGCAGCUGGGAAAAAUGUUGCCCAAGUUUAAAUAAUUUGAAAUAAACUAAAAAGUGCUUUAUUUAAAAAUAACUUUUAUUCAAAUUUCAUAAUGCUAAUAAUUAUUGUUAGUAUUGUUAUGAUUAUUGAAAAAGCUGAUAAAACAUCAAAACUGUAGAGAAUCAGUAAAACAGAAGGAUAAAAGAAGUAUUGACAUAUUUUUAAGCUGUCACUUAAUUACCCUCACACAUACACACACAAAAAAAACAUGGUUAACAUUUCACAAAACAGUACCGUACUAAACUUUGUUUCUAUUUUGUCUUUAGAUGAAUUUGUACGUACUUCUAGUAGACACUGCAGAGUCCUUAACUUUGUCUAAGUGCAGAUAACAGCUUUGAGGAGAAAAUUCUUACAUUAGUGAUCUGUCUAUGAAUAUUCAAUAUAGGCAACUAUUGAUAUGGUAUAUAUGUUUUCAUUUUUCAUCUUUCUUUACUUAAAUAUGAAGUUAUAACUCUUUCAGUCCCCAACCACAGCAAUCCAUAAAGAUAAUCCUAGCGUUCUGGAAAAUUUGCCACUCAUUAGAAACAAGUUAGAUUGAUCUCCCACCUCUUCUCUCUUUUCUUCUCCCUGCCCCUCAUCUUCUGGGCUACUCUUUGGGGGAUAUGCUUCUGUAAGACAAAAGGAAAAAAAGAAGUGCAGAGUUGUACAGUAAUACUCAGCAGUUACCCGUUAAUCUGGGUAACUCCAGUGCAGUACUAUCCCAGUUAUUGCUCCAUGGAAAUGAAUGCUUGCAGUUCUUGCUUUUGCCUCCAGUCUUAGGGAAUGCACUCUGCAUUGUGCAUAUCCAGUAGGGUUUUCAGCAAAGACAUGGUCACUACAUGCACUGUAUGUUCUUACCAAACCUCAGCUUCUCCCAGAUGCAAUUGUGUGUCUGGUAAGAGUAAGGGAAAAUGAAUGCAUCCCUUAGCCUGUACUCAUUGGCCAGAAUCUUCACUAUCUUAAGAGAUGAUGCAGCUCUAGAUUCAAGAGCUCUCCUCAGAAGUGGCCCUGGCAAAACUGAAGAUAGGACAUCCACUGCUCUUUAGCAUCUAGUGCUGACUGGAAUGGAGAGGUGAACAUUUAAAGCCAGUGUUUUUCCUCUUGCAGCCACGUUAGCACUGAGUCUUGUAAACUUUGGCCAGCCCUUCCGCAGGCCAUGCCUUCUAUCUUGUGUGAAUGAUGCACUUUCUCAAGUGUCUUCUGCUGACCUUGUGCAGCACUGCAGGAAACUGGGAUGCUUUCCAGCUUGGCUUUUCUUUAUUUGAGCUUCUGGUCAUGUUUCAAAGCCAGCAAUAUCUAAGCAGGGGAGUUACAAGGAGGGU